UUCUCCUGGAUUCUAUGCGUCGUCGUCGCCUCGGCACCUCUCGCGCCCGCAGCUCCCGCGCACGCACUCGCUUCCCGCGUGUGCCUCUAUGUCCGUCAAGAUUCUCCCGCGCUCGCAACUGCCGCACUUGCUCCCCCCUCCCGCGCGAGCGCGCAACUAGCGUGAUUAAGAGACUGUAUCCCGGCCGUGGAGUUCCUAAAUCACACCUCUCUCCAAAUCCCCUCCUGACCUGUUCUUCUUCUGUGGAUUUCCCUUGAUUUCCAUGAGCUAAUAUCCCAAAUCCCCAAUCUCUGAGCCAAUGAAUCCCCGAGCAAGGAAUCUCAGUUCGAGUUUCAUGCAAAGCGCUGGUGAUCCGACCGCUAAUGAUGAUGUAACACCUUCUUUGGUCGUCGGUGUUCAUGUCCCCCAUGGUGGUCACGUGGCUGGUGUUCCUUCAUGGUGGUCAACAUCAUAUCUUGGGGCCUCCUCUAGACAAGAUUCAUCUAGGGUAAACCUACCUAGUGGUUUUUUGCAGUUAAACCAACCAAUUGACCAACAAAAUGAAAAUCAUAGUCCAGAAAAUUUCUAUUUUGUUGGCAGUACACCAAUGACAAAAACAAUUUCUCCAACUCCAAGUUCUAGAAGAACCCCGUCAAGUGGAAGCAAUGCAAAAAACAAAGAAACAAUUGAUGUUGAUGCAAAUGAUGCUCGGACUGAGAAACGUUUGAACUGGACAAAGGAAGAAGAUGUUAGAUUGGCUUCUGCUUGGAUGCAUAACUCAAAGGACCCGGUUGAUGGAAACGACAGGAAGUCUGAUCAAUAUUGGGCAGAUGUUACUAUUGAUUACAACAAAACCACAGAGACUUGCCGUAAGAGAAAUCAGAAUCAGUUGAAAAUCCGUUGGGAUCGUGUUAAGAAACUAGUUAGUGAGUUCCAUGGUUGCUGGGUAAAAACAAAUAAAGUAUAUAGAAGUGGGGUGAGUGACGACCAAUUAAUGGAAAUUGCUGAGAAGAUGUAUGCUUCUGAUCAUUGUGACAAGGAUUUCAUGUUGAAGCAUAUAUGGAAGGUUGUGAGAGGUGAAAGAAAGUGGUCUGCAUAUGUCAAAAAAAUAGAACAUGAAAAAGAUAAGAACAAGGGUACAACUAAUAGGCCAGCUGAAGUGGUGAAUUCAGAAGAUAAUCCUAACAUUCGUCCUAUUGGACAUAAGAGGGCUAAGGAUGAGCACUAUGGAAAAAAGAAGACACCUGAAACCUAUUCAGCUAUUAGUGACAAGCUAGACAAGUUCAUUGAAGUAAGCACAAUGGCUAGAAAGGACCAUGAGAAGAUGUCGGAGACACAACAGAACUUAGCAAAUAGUAAGGUGGAAGCUGCGCGGUUGAAUGAUAAAGCAGCAGAAAAACAACUUAAGUGCAAAAUGCUGGACACUUAUAGAGAGCUACUAUUAGCUCCGAUAAACAACAUGAAUGCUAAUGCUUUGGCUGAAAGGGAAAAAACAUUGGAGAGUAUGAGGUUGGCCUUAUUUGCUUCAGAUAAUUAAGAUGAUGCUGUGCACCAUGAUGGCUUCUGGAGGACUUGUGAACCUACGUGAGAUGACGUUGUGCUGAAGCUGUGAACGCUGCAGGACUUGAGAUGAUCCUGAUGCCAUAUCUUAUUAUAUAUCAUGAACUUUUGUUAUUUUGUUGCAAACUAUAUGCGUAGCCUGCUACCUUUUAUUUUCUGGAUUGGUAUGAUUAAUAUAUAGAGAAACUGCAUGUGCAGUCCAGGCGAUGAAUCGUAUUCCUAUAUGUUUUUUGUUGCAAGAUGUUUCAUCUGAUCUGCAGAAAUAAAUUAGGCUAUAUAGUUG